AACAGACAUAGAAGUACAGUACAAGAUGGGUAAAAGAUCCUUUUAUGAAGAUGACGAGUUGAUAAUAAACAAGCCAGGCGUCAAUGUUGAAAUUUCACCUGAGUUAAAACAACAACAACUUCCUAGCGGAGGAGAAGAUGUCAAAUUCGUGGACGGUAUGACCAUUAGAACCACACCAAUAUUUGAGGAAUACGCCAAUAAAGUGAGACAUUACUUGCAUCACAAGUUCUCGUUGUUCGACGCCGAAUUGUCCAAUUUGAAAUCGGCCUUUCACAACGAAGUCACCUGUUUAAAACUGGAAAUCCAUACCGUAGUGCAAGACCCGGUAUUGCCUGGUUUAAUUUAUAUCUUGACUGGUGCAUUGACCGGAAGCAUAUUGGUGAGAAAUAGAGCGUUGCCUAUCAGAUUCAUUGUUCCUACUGCAAUUGGAACUGGCGCUUUAAGCUACUACAUGCCAAAGACUUACCAAGCCAUUGGCGUGAAAUAUGAAAGGUUAGAACAGGACAAGCUUCCCGAAGUUGCCAAACAAAGACAAGAGUUGAUUGUCCAAUAUCAAAAGCUCAAGCAAGAUUUAGAUGAAAACUCAGUCAAGGCUAGAGAUUCUCUUGAAUCCGGUAUUCACGAUAUUAGAAAGUUCAUUAAGGAUAACUUACCAUAAGGAAAAUGCAAAAUGUGUAUUUUUAUGCUAAUAUUUGAUAAGUUGUAUAGAUCAUCGCUACACCACCAAUAAAGACCAAAAUGUAAUCAAGCACGGCCAACCAGUAUCUUGACCUCUUUUCUGCUUCCAGUAACCCGUUAUGAAUUUUACAGCAACUUUUUAAAUGUAGGAUUGGCGGAUACAUGUAAACCAAGGGAAUACACGCAAAACAACCAACAAAUGAAACAAACUUAUCCAAGUUCUUACCACCGAUGAGGGCAAUGUAUGCCGUCAACACCACAAACAAGGUUCUAAACAAAUUCUUUAACCAUUUCACCCCAACCGACCGUUUCCCACUGGUGAAGAAUAACUUUGACUCUACUAAUCUGAUGGCUGGGAACAACUGUAAAGGUGUAGAUAAUAAUAUCGCAAAUGAAUACAACAAUUGAGUCAUGAUAAUCAUGGGUGAAUCCUGAGGCAAGUUCAACAAAAUCACGGUUUGAAUUUGGUCGCCAAAAGUCAUAUAACCCAAAGUACCAAUGACGAUAAAAAUCAAGGCGAUUGUUGCAAUUACUUGGGCUAAAACUUUGGGGAAAUUGUUGGGAUAAAUCAUUGAUUCUUGAAUGGGAAUAAUUAAUCCAAUUCCUUCAAAUGCAAAGAUAGCGGUACCGAUGAAUAACGAGAAUUCGCUUUGGUUGAACAUGUAUUCAAUAUUUUCACCUGUCCCCUCCAUGAACAAUUGAUAUACGAUGAAAUACAAUAUGGUUAACAAUCCCGAAAAAAUAAAGAAAUUAGCCAAUGUUGCCAGCAAUGACAAUUUGGUGAUAUCUCUAAUCAACGACAAGGGAACAAUUAUAGCCAACUGAAAGAGGAUAAACCAUAACAUGUUCAAAUCUUCCAUGUUAAACAGGGACACAUUUGAUAUAAAUGCUCGUAGAUUCUGCGAUGUGAAUACAAUAUAAGCAGCAACAAAUCCAAUUUGAGAUAUGACAAUUGAAAAUAAAAUCAACCUUUGCAACCAAUUACCGUAUAACUUCAACCCAAUUUCUGCGAAACUCGAAAGCUUGGUUGCAAUUUUAGUAUACACCAAGAUCAAAUAACACCAAUAUGAAAGGGCUGCGAAAAAUACCAAGGUUAAAAUUGAAAAUAGCAAUCCACCAUUUGCAAAUGCCUUGGGGAGGAAAAGAACCCCAGUGCCAACAAACGCCUUUAAUAACAAUAAAUAUGCCUUUUUAUCCGUGGCUGUUCCCUUGGGGUUGAUAUUUUCAUCAAUCAAAGGUAACUCCUCCAGAGGAAGUAAAUACUUGUAAUGAUUAGCGAUGUUUUCAUCAUCUUCUAAGUCUUCACCAGCAAAAUGUCCAUAGAUACUCAAGAAUUCAAUGAAAUUUCUCGUUAAGAAGUUGGGGGUUCUAGUUCGUAACGAUUCCUCCUUGGCACUUUGUUGUAAUAGAAAUUCUCUUCUGAAACCCCCAGGCACAUUGAACGAGCUAGCACUUGAUCUACGAGACAGCAUCGAGCCAUAACUUUGGGAUCGCUUCAACUUGGGUUGGCCAUGACUAAUCUUGUAUAAAUCUCGAGUUAUGUCGGCCCCUUCUUGUGAUAACGAAUCGUCCUGGGGUAAAUGUUUAGAUACUCGCUUGAUCAAAUUAGGAUCGUCAAUCCCCGCUUUGAAAUCAACCGAUUCCAACUCUGGCUGUGGUGGCACUAACAGAUCAUUCAGUGGUAUGGCGAUGUUUGUGUGCGAGGAAGAUUUAGAAGAGUCUAUUUCCAUGGCCACGGAGUCGGUGUCGUCCCCCCCACUGCCCCCACGCAUGAACUGGGCAUUAGCAACAUAGGAGUUGCUCACGGACAUCGAUCCUCUGUGGGGUGGUGGCGAUGGCGAAUAUGGCGAUGAGGAGUAUGGUGAUUGUGAUAAGGGGGGUUUUGUCAACAAUGCGAUAGAUCUUCUUCGUUUAGAAGAUUCUAUAUUUUGAGGCUCGGUCAUGUUAUGCUAGUGUGUGUAACCAAAAGGAAAGUUGUGAACUACUGUUUGUAUACUAUUUGGUUAUAUUCAGUUAGAUUUAUAUGAUGAGCCGAAAGGAGUAGUGGCAGCAAUCUGGAUGUGUAAAUAUUGAUACCACAACAAUAGGUUACUUUCUGGUUGCAGUGGUAACGUAACUGUGCAGGUACUGUC